AUGAAUAAUGAGCCCUUCAGCUUCAACGCGAACGCCCCGUCGUACUACCCCGGAAUGGCCUACCAGAGAGGCGGCCCAGAGAGCCAAGAAGAAAAUGACGCGGACAACGGUUCGUCCUGCCUGGGUACUGAAAACACAGAGGACCCAAUUGUGAAUGAGGUAGAGGAAAAAAUAAGACAAAUGAAAACAAGUGAUGACCAUCCAGUGGAGCCAUACGAAGAAGAAAAUGAUAGUGCCACGGACCUAGAUAAAAAAGACCAAGUAGAAGAUUCUCAAGGAGAGAAAAAUGUACAAACAAAAAGCAAAUUAAUUCCAGUCGAUCCUAGACAGCACUUAAAUAUUAUUUUUAUAGGACACGUAGAUGCAGGAAAGUCAACGGCCUGUGGAAACAUCCUUUACAUUCUGGGUUAUGUUGAUGAUAGGACUAUAGAAAAGUAUGAAAGAGAGGCCAAGGAGAAAAAUCGGGAGAGCUGGUUUUUGGCUUUCAUUAUGGACAUCAACGAAGAGGAGAGACAGAAGGGAAAAACGGUGGAAGUCGGUAGAGCCCACUUUGAAACCAAGGACAGGAGGUUUACAAUUUUAGAUGCCCCGGGACAUAAGAACUUCAUUCCUAAUAUGAUUAGUGGUGCUGCACAGGCGGACAUCGGUGUGCUCAUCAUUUCCGCUCGCAAGGGGGAGUUCGAGACAGGCUUCGAGCGCGGGGGCCAGACCCGCGAGCACACGCUGCUAGCGAGGACGCUAGGAAUAAACCAACUGAUCGUUGCCAUCAACAAGAUGGACGACCCCACGUGCAACUGGAGCGAAGCCCGCUACGACGAAAUACAAAAGAAAAUAACCCCCUUCAUAAAGUCGUGCGGGUAUAACAUCAACAAGGAUGUGUAUUUCGUACCCAUCUCGGGACUCACGGGACAAAAUUUGUCUGAACAUGUCUCCGAUCCAAACUCCAAGCUAUAUGAUGCAAGGGGUAGUUGGUAUGAUACAUCUAAGCCUACCUUGUUUCAAAUUUUAAACACGUUAUCACCACCCCCCUGGGAUGAAAAGGGACCUCUAAGAAUCCCUCUCCUAGAAGGAUACAAAGACAACGGGAUCAUAGCCAUAGGAAAAAUUGAAUCAGGAACUUUGUAUGGAAAUAAUAUGAGUUGUGUUCUUAUGCCAAAUAAAUUAAAAGUGAAAGUACUGAAUGUGUAUUUAGAGGAUGAUGAAGUUCCUUAUGCCAAGCCUGGAGAAAAUGUUCGUGUCAAGCUGUUAGGUGUAGAAGAGGAUCAAAUAAGUAAAGGGUUCGUCCUGUGCGAUUCUUUGAACCCAUGCUCCGUUGUUAGUGAGUUUAUUGGAAGAGUAGCAAUUGUAGAGUUACUUGAACACAAGCCAAUCAUCACAGCAGGAUAUUUCUGCAUCUUCCAUGCCCACACGACUUGUGAGGAAAUUCAGUUCCUAGACAUGCUAGAGGUCAUUGAUAAAAAAUCCAAAAAAAAAAAAAUAAAACCCAAAUUUAUUAAAAAUGAUUGUAUCGUGACUGCACACUUUUUGCUCUCCAACCCCGUGUGCAUAGAAGUGUAUGACAAGCUUCCCCAGCUGGGCAGGUUUACCCUGCGGGAUCAGGGCAAAACCAUAGCCAUAGGGAAGAUACUCGAGUUGAAGGGUUGA